AAUUCUUUCUCUUUCCACAUUUGCCAACGCACUCUCUCGCUAUAAAUAUCGUGCAGACAGUCAUAUCCUCACCCUCUCCUCUUUCUUUCUCCUUCUUACUCACAUACAAUGUCGGCUUACAAAGACCAGGAUCCUCGUCUUCAUGGUAUCAAAACUAAGAUUCGUGUCGUCCCCGAUUUUCCCAAAUCCGGUAUUAUGUUCCAAGACAUAACUACUUUGUUGCUCGACCCCAAAGCAUUUAAGGACACAAUCGAUUUGUUCGUUGAGCGAUACAAGGGCAAAAACAUUUCUGUUGUUGCAGGAAUCGAAGCCCGAGGUUUUAUUUUUGGUCCUCCCAUUGCACUGGCUAUAGGAGCAAAGUUUGUACCAUUGAGGAAACCAAAGAAGUUGCCUGGAAAAGUUAUUUCUCAAGAAUAUAUUCUGGAAUAUGGAAGGGACUGUCUUGAGAUGCAUGUUGGAGCAGUUGAACCUGGUGAGCGUGCUUUAGUGGUUGAUGAUUUGAUUGCAACUGGUGGAACCCUCUGUGCAGCUAUGGAUUUGCUAGAACGUGUGGGAGCAGAAGUAGUGGAGUGUGCAUGUGUAAUUGAAUUACCAGAAUUGAAGGGUCGUGAACGUUUGAACGGGAAGCCGUUGUACGUGUUGGUGGAAUAUAUUGAGAUAUGAAGUGGUGAAGAAUAUUAAGAUGUAGAUUUGGGAAUGUGUCUUUACUUUCCCAUUUGGAUUCCCAUCUUAGCAUGUAGUAGGAACGAUCGAUCAAAUCAAAUUAAUGCAUUUGUAUGACCCACUCUCUGGGUCUCGUCUCGUCUUCUCAUAUCUGUGCUUCUCUAUCCUUUUUCAAAUAAAAUUAUAUCUUUGGCUACUUGUA